CUGCGCUUUUCUUUAAGCAGGAAGUAGCUGUUUCUGUUUACAGCCAACACGAGUGCAAGUGUUUGCUAGUCAAAGCUAGAUAGUUAGAGUUAAACAAAAUGACUGAAACACAAAACGGAGCGGCGUUUGAUGCCAUUACAGUGCACAAUUUUUCGGAGAAGAUUUUGGAGCAGGUCGUGCACUUUCACGUAAUGAAGCUCAGCGGCGGGUUUUUCCUGUGGGUCGGUUCGAGUCCCGUCCUGUCCAACCUGGCGGUCUCAAUGAGCAGCAAAUAUGAUUCAAUGCCUCUAUCUACAUUAGUCUUGGGGGACCCAUCCAAUACUGCUCCAAAUUCCUUGGCACAGAGAUUAGCAAAGAAGACCAAAAAGCAAGUCUUUGUGAGUUACAGUCUUCCAAUGACAGACUCCAACCUCAGUCUUCUGGUGGAGAACAGGAUAAAAAAGGAGUUGGAACUUCACCCUGAACACUUUUGAUUGUUUAUUGAGCUCUCAUUUUGUGUAGGAAAAAAAGCAAAUGCUUCUCCUGUUCUCCUUUUGGACCUGACAUUUUCCUUCUGAUACUGUAUCGUACACCAACACAAUAACCACAAACGCUCACAACAAGUGUUCUUUUAUUGACGUAAUAAAUUAAGUGGUUUAUUAUCAAAACAUGUAGGCCUAUGGCUUUUUGUACAAAUGCAUCAUAUUAAAAAAAUAACACUUA